UUUCUCGUCCUUCUUCAUAAAUUUUUACCUCCCACUGCCAAAGUCAAUCUCCAUCAAGACAACCAAUUCGCCGGUGACACCACUGCAGCCAUGCUAUUGCUAUAUUGCAUACUCCAUGCCCUCUUCCUUUGUUCCCUUGCGCUUGGUGCGAUCGUCGGCGGUCGUGCUAAACCUGUGGACACUGCUUCCUAUGUCCGCGUGAUCGAAACCAGCCCUUUCGGCCCAGUUGAACAUCUUCUUGAUGCCAACGGAAUGGCGAUCUCCUCUAGCCAAGAGGGUAGAGAGCCAGAAGACAGUGAUCAAUCCGAGCAUCUCGAGCUAUCCAGCGGCGAGCAAGUGCUCUUCUCAAACGGGUCAGAUGUAAAUGCUCUCGGUAACGAUCAGUGGGGCAUGGUCCGUGUGUAUUCAGACCCUGCCUGCACCGGUGAGCGCUGGGGAUUUCUCACCGAAACCGAUUUGAAUUUGAGGUAUCAACGUAGGGCCAUCUGCUAUGGCUGGUCUAAAGCCACCGCCUCUUCUAUCGCUUUCACUCCGAGGGCUGAUCGCCAGUAUUGGGGGUGUUAUCUCUACGACUCUGAAAACUGUCGAGAUUGGAAAAAUCGCUAUUGGAUUACCACAACCAGCUGGCGCUUGGAGAAUGUUGGCUGGAAUGACAGGGCACUGUCAAUAAAGUGUUGGAUGCCAAGUGUCGCACCUCCUUAUGAUAUACCUCCAAUGUCUUGA